AUGACUGUGAUGUCUGUGGAUGGAUGUGACUCCCCAUCGUCUGCUGCAGAGAGAGACCCAGGCAGGGGCCAACGGAGACCCAGGCAGGGGCCAACAGAGACCCAGGCAGGGGCCAACAGAGACCCAGGCAGGGGCCAACAGAGACCCAGGCAGGGGCCAACGGAGACCCAGGCAGGGGCCAACAGAGACCCAGGCAGGGGCCAACAGAGACCCAGGCAGGGGCCAACGGAGACCCAGGCAGGGGCCAACGAAGACCCAGGCAGGGGCCAACAGAGACCCAGGCAGGGGCCAACAGAGACCCAGGCAGGGGCCAACGGAGACCCAGGCAGGGGCCAACAGAGACCCAGGCAGGGGCCAACAGAGACCCAGGCAGGGGCCAACGAAGACCCAGGCAGGGGCCAACGGAGACCCAGGCAGGGGCCAACGGAGACCCAGGCAGGGGCCAACAGAGACCCAGGCAGGGGCCAACGAAGACCCAGGCAGGGGCCAACGGAGACCCAGGCAGACGGAUGGAAUGGUCUUUAUGUGUAA